UGAGGCAUCCUGAGGGAGAAAAAAGUCGAGAGAGAGAGAAAAAGAUAUCUACCUUAGGGAAGAACCUCAGAGAGAGGGAGGGAAGGAGAGGACGGGUAGGAGCGUGUGUGCAUGUGUGUAAGAGACACUUAUUCUCUUAACUACUAGGAGACAGACACACUUUCCUGGCCCGACUCAAAGAAGGGGGGAAAACAGGAGGAAGAAUUUUUUUUUUCAAUAUCAUUUUAAUCUUCCCCUCAUUCAACAAUCAAGCUGCCCCAAAGCUUCUCUUCCUGGAAACUCUUCUUCAUUGCCUGCUGGAAGUUCUAUGUAUUGAUCCAUUUACCCUCUCACACACUACAAGGCUUACCUCAUGGAUUUGUAUCUGAUUGGAUAUUUGAUGUGUGUGUGGUUGUCCAGCUCACGGGUGCUUGGAGGCUAUCCCAUCUGGUGGUCCCUGGCCCUUGGGCAGCAGUACUCGUCUCUGGGCUCCCAACCCAUCCUGUGUGGCUCUAUCCCCGGCCUGGUGCCCAAGCAGCUGCGUUUCUGUCGCAACUACAUAGAGAUCAUGCCAAGUGUUGCAGAAGGUGUGAAGCUGGGGAUCCAGGAGUGCCAGCACCAGUUUAGGGGCCGUCGGUGGAACUGUACCACCAUCAAGGACAACCUGGCCAUCUUUGGUCCUGUGCUGGACAAAGCAACCAGAGAGUCAGCGUUUGUCCACGCCAUAGCUUCAGCAGGCGUGGCGUUUGCGGUGACACGCUCCUGCGCCGAGGGCACGUCCACCAUGUGCGGGUGCGAUUCCCACCACAAGGGUCCUCCCGGGGAGGGCUGGAAGUGGGGCGGCUGCAGCGAGGACGCAGAGUUCGGGGUGCUGGUGUCCAGGGAGUUCGCGGAUGCCAGAGAGAAUCGUCCAGACGCUCGCUCAGCGAUGAACCGACACAACAACGAGGCAGGACGCACGACCAUCCUCGACCACAUGCACCUGCGCUGCAAAUGUCACGGCCUGUCAGGAAGCUGCGAGGUGAAGACCUGCUGGUGGGCGCAGCCAGACUUCCGCAUGCUGGGCGACUACCUGAAGGACAAGUACGACAGCGCCUCGGAGAUGGUGGUGGAGAAACACCGCGAGUCACGAGGCUGGGUGGAGACGCUGCGUGUCAAGUACAACUUCUUCAAACACCCCACCGAGCGCGACCUGGUCUACUACGAGGGCUCGCCCAACUUCUGCGAGCCCAACCCGGAGACCGGCUCCUUCGGAACGCGCGACCGAGCCUGCAACGUGUCGUCGCACGGCAUCGAGGGCUGCGACCUGCUGUGCUGCGGUCGCGGCCACAACACCCGGACUGAGAAACGCAAAGAGAAGUGUCACUGCAUCUUCCACUGGUGCUGCUACGUCAGUUGUCAGGAGUGUGUGCGCGUUUACGACGUCCACACGUGCAAGUGAGAGAGGCCUGUGCUUUCAGACUGCUGGACUACAAGUGCUGCCCACCCACCCGUCAACUCCCCCACCUCCUGCACGACAUCCCUGCUUCCCCCUGACACGCAUCCCACACAGAAACAUAUUCACCAGCACACACACUCAGGCCCUAAUGGGUAAUGGCACAUCAGCUAUGGAUACUUCUAUACCUUUAUUUGUAAAAACCCCGCCCUAGAAUCCGUCUUCCAAACCACUACACCCAUCUCCAUAAUAUCUGACCAGAUGACCCGACCAAUCUGAGUCUGAGGUCUAGUCCGCUCUCAUGGGACGGAGCUACAGUUGUGCAUCUUUGUUCCUCUCCCCGCAGCAUUGGGCCCCUCCCUCCCCCUCGUCUUUAUUUAUUUCCCUCCUACAUGCCGACACGUUUGCGGCAUGUACAGUAACACUUUUUACCUGUGAGAUUAAUGCAGUAAAAAACUUUCAGACUCUCUUUGCUUUUGAAUAAAAAGCAUCUUCUAACUAACACCUCACUUCUCCGGCCGGUCUGGCUGGUUUACCUUUUGUUUUGUUUUUUAAACUAAACCAACCUCUACACUGUCACUUAGUCGUAAGUGAUACUGAACACAGCCCCAGGAAACCAUCACUUUGUAACUACUGAACUGAACUGAAAACAGCAGGCAGGUGUUGGGAAGUGCCACAGUCCUGUCUUUUGUAAACUACUGAGCUGAUGAAAUCCUCAGUGUUGCUACUCUCCCUGCUGACUGACUCUACCGCACCAGUCGACCGGGAAGCCUGGAAGAUAUAUGCUACAGUCUGAUUUUAUAGCCCUGCAUUUCUGAAAUAUUACCAUUGGGCUGGGACUGGAGGUAUGCAGCAUGUGUGUGAACAAGCAUGCUCAUUCCACUAACUAACAACCCUUCACAUGUAUAUGUAUGCACUAUUCAGUUACUCCAGGUGGUUAAGAUUUGAGCAUUGUUUACGCGAGCAAAUUCUCCUUGGUCGCAAGCUAGCAGUGCUCAUGAAUGACAACUUUGUUCCAGCGUUCGGGCACGAUCAACCUGUAUAUUGCUCAUGAUUUCCACACAUGCGAUGCAACACAGUCGUACAUUAUUCAAUCUAAGGAGCGACGCGGCGAAAAACAAGCAGCAAAUUAUAUGACUGAGUAGAAGAUCAUUUGUGGCUGUUUCAUUUUAUAAAGAUACGCAUCAAACGUGAGUCAAGCUUCAGCAUGCUUAAUAUUAAUUCUGGUCUUAUGAGCAAAGUGAUUAUUGGGAGAUCUUUUUAUCUAACACUUCAUGCAUUCAUCAGGUCCAUCUUUUGUCUGACGCUUUCUUUUAUCACUGUAAAAAAAAAAAGAGAGAGAGAAAAGAAAAAGGGGGACAUGUGACGACAUGUGGAGACCGGAGCAGGCUCUGAUUGGCUUUCACACCCUCCCUUCCUUCUCUCCUGAUUUUCCCUCAGUUGGACAGUUGAGGUUUUUAAGAAGCCUGAUUUAUGAACUUGUUCUCUUGUCAGUACACCCCAAAAACACUCCUGCCCUGCGGUUUUGGUUUUGGAGAUACUGGAAGAAUAAUUUACUCUCAAUAUAAUUUUUUUUGCCCCAGAGGCAUGGACGUCUGCCCGGCUGACUCUGACUUGUAAUUUUUUAACAAAAGGAAAUUAUUUUCAAAUCGAGGUAAACAGUUGUGACUUUUGGGUGGACAGAAAAGACUUCCAGUUCAUGUAGAGUCUGAGAACAUUAAAGGCUAACAUCUGUAUUUCUCAACUCAAAGUCCUAUUUUCACAUUUCUGUGUCCAAGUGACAAAUGAGAGCAACAGUUUUUGAAACUGGUCCCAUACUGAGUGAGAAAGUUGCUACCAGCAGUGACGAAACAGGCUGUUAUGUCCUCUCUUGGGGCAUAUGAGCAGGGUCAGAGUACAUCCACUAAGAGUGUUUGUUUUUGCCACUGACAGGCUCAGAUUAUUAUAAGUGUCUGACACUAUUAUGUUAAGGAUCCCUACAGAGAUAAACCUUUUUGUUACAGAGUAAAAUCAUUUCUUUUAACGCGCAACAGCCCUGAAAUCGGCAUCACCAACACACCAGACUCCAUUUAAAUAAACAGUGAUUUUAUCGUGUAUAUAGCCAGAACAUUCUUACAUCUAACUGGGUGAAUUAAAGGUCCAUUAUGAAAGAUUUAAGAAGAUACAUUGGCAGAAAUGGAAUAUAUUAAGUAUGUUUCCAUUGGUGUAAUACCUGCAAAUAAGAAUCAUAGGAAGCGAGUCCUUGUCUAUGGAGUCUGCCAUGUUUCUACAGGAGCCCAGAGGAGACAAACCAAACACUGGCUC